AACGAUUCCAGACUCCAGAUAAGAAUAAAUAUAAAAAAUAUGGAUACAAAUUUCUUUGAAAAGAAACCUGAAACUAUUCAGGAUUUCCAAAAUUUUUUGAAUGAGAUUGAUGCUUUAAAUUCUUGUCAAGGAGGGCCAUCAAUAAAUUACUUCAAAAAUGUUAAUGUUAGAACUGCAUAUAAAGAUGAUGAGAGAUGGAGCCAUAAUAAAUGCCCAAUAAUUCUGAGUACUGGAAGUGUCUGCUCACAUUGCUCGACGUUAUAUAAACUUUUAUCGCAGAAUCAGCAUCGACAAAAAAUAAAAAAGCUGCGCACAAAUAGAUAUGCUCCUGAAGCUGUCAAAAAUACUAUAAAAGAAAUGUGCAAUAAUAAACGUGUAAUUAAACAGCGUCUAACACGAAAAGAGCGUAAACUGCGUGACCUCACAAAAGAAUUAAAUAUGGUGCAUGCACGAAUUAUGAAUGUCCAGCAAAUAAAUUUUGAUGAGAAGUUAAAGACACUGUCGCCUAAUCUAACAGAAAAUCAGUGGUGGUUCUGUCAAGUGGGCUUUUUAUGAAGCUCUAUAUUAUCGUGAUAUUCAAAGUAAUCUCAGAGUAUGUCCAAAAUUAACAGAGAAUCACAUCAAACUAGUACAUGCUAUGAAAAUGAGAGUUUCUCUGGCAACUUAGGUAAUAUUUUAUAUUAUUUUGACCUGUCUUUUGCUAUAUUUUAUUUAUAAAUGAAGUACUAAUAUUUCAAACUAUAGGAAUAGAUCUCUACAAGCUCUGCUCGUAGAGAUUAUUAUAUUCCUAUAGUUUAAAAAUAUAAGGAGCAUUAGAGUCCUUAAUCAUUAUUAUUAUAUUAUUAUUUUAUUUAAUGCUAUCUUAGAUCUUUAGUAACUCUGUAAGUGCAGGAUUACAGUAUUAUUCACAUUGAAAAUAAAUAAUUUUUUCGAUGCUUUAAACAGAUCUCACCCUAAAGAAGGUAUCCGAAAAAACAGCAAAGCGUGUAAAAUUAAAUAUUUCAUUAAUAAAUAAUUCAUACAUUCCAGACUCUUCGAGAAGCUAUAACUUGUCUUGAUAUGUGGGAACGUGAAAAAGAAAGCGAUGAUGACUUUUUAACUGCAUCAAUUGCAGAAGGUCUCCGAGUGACGUUGCAUUCUUCUUUGCAAUUAACGAUUUAUUUAUUAGAAUAUUGUGAUUUUAAAUACGUCUUAACUAAUAAAAUGAACCAAGAUUGCCUAGAACAAUUCUUCGGUAUUAUACGUCAAGCCGGAUGUCAAAAUGAUCACCCGACAUUUCCAACAUUCAUGCAACUUUAUCAUCUGCUUUCGGUGUACAAAAUAUUAAGACUGCCUGAAUAUGGCAAUUGCACCGUGAGGGAAACAGAAAAAGCACCAACAAUAACAUUGGAUGAUUUUCAAGCAAUUUUUAACGACAGCACGAAAAGUUAUAGGCAAGAAUAUUUACAGAUAUGAUCAGUAAAUUUUGUUAAAAAGCUUGAUGUUAAUUUUUGUUUACAAAUAUAAAAGUAACGUUAUGUACAUAUAGACAUACAUUAUCUUUCACAGUUCUUUUUAAAUAUACUAUUUAGAAUUGUUACAGAAAGAAGCACAUUAAAACAUUAAAAAGUAGGAUUGACGGCUUAAUAGCAGACAGUGAAUGGGAAUGUGAUCAAAUAAUUGAAAAUGAUUAUAAAAUGGAUGCCGUUAAAGACUGCAUAAUAUAUUAUGUAACAGGUUUCAUAGCAAGAAAAAUGUUUAAAUCAUCCAAAUGUGACGCGUGGAAAUCAGCUUUUCAAUCAUCACACGAAAAUCUAAUUGAGAGUUAUGCCGAAACGGAACUAGUCAACGUAAAAAUCAAAAGGCGGAUUAGUUAAUCCAAACAUCAAUCUAUUUAGAUUAUUUCAAAUGAUUGAAUCAUUUUUUCAAAAUCAUUUGCAAUCUCCUAAUAUUUAUGAUUCAGUUGUAGAAAAUGUUUUAAACAGUAAUUUUCAAUUUACGUUUCCAUGUACUGAACACAAAUACGACGUGAUGGCUUACUGCAUAGUUUAUUAUAUAACAAUGAGAAUGCGUCAAUAUGCUAGAUUAAAAAACAGAGAAGUUAAAAAAGUAAGCCAAGAAAAGAA